UGCGCAGAUAGUGCCACGCCAAUAUAAGGACAUUAUUAGUAGUUAGUCAUUGUUCUUAAAAAAUGAUGUUUAUAUUCUCUGUUUGGAUAUAGUGAUAAAAAAAUUAGUAUCGAUGAUGGUCUUGGACCAUUUUAUAUGUAGUGGUUUUACAAUAUCACAGCAAAUUUAUUUAGAAGUUAUUAAGUGGAUCCCUGUGAAAGCUUCAAAACUGUUUGAAGCUUUCGAGGUCGUAUUCAUGGAACUAUGAACCUGGACUCAUUAUCGUUUACUUUGUCACAAAUCAGUAAUUUGGUUGCGAAUUUAAAUAAAAAAAACUAUAAACAAAGUUCUCAAGAACUUACUGAGUUGGUUGCGAAACACGGUCUUGAAGCAGACCGCCAUCUUCUACGUUGUUUAUUCUCAUACGUUGAUUUUGGGGAAACGGUUGGGCCAUCAAAUAAAGGAUCUACAAUCCCACAAACUGCUCAAGCCCAAUUGCUCCAAGAACAGUGUGCUGCUUUAUUAAAUAAACCAACUCUAGUAUCAACAUUGUGUUUUGCUUUCGAUAAUCCAUUACAAACCUACAAAAAGGGUUUUAAAUUAGGAAUACAAUCGUUUCAACAACUAAGCCGAAUUUUACGAUUAUCUGCUGUACAAGAAGUUGCAAUUGCAUUAGCUCUAAAACAUUCAAGUAAUUCAGAAAUAGCCAAUUGUGCAACAGUCUAUGUUAGAAAUCGAUUACCACCAUUAGUGCAAUCCUAUUUAGAUACAGAACGUAGUAGUUCUCAACAAGAAGGUCUUCAUGAUACAAGUCCUGAAAUAUUACAUUUAAUACUUUCAUCAGCUAUUGAAAAAUCAAAAGAACUAGGAAUAUCUCAAGAAACAAUUACAGAAUUUAUACGAUCAUUGCAACGUGAUUUUCCACGAGAACACGUUCCAAUUGUUUUAGCUCCAUUAUUGUAUUCGUCUGAAGCUGAAUUAUCACCUACAAAAAUGAGUACGGAAGGAAGCAUAUCCGGUGGACUAAUGGAUAGUUCACUAGCCGAUAUUAUUGCUGAAAUGGGAUAUAACUUCACAUCAUCUUUGGAAGAAUGUCGGAAUGUGCUACGAAGUUUAACCAAUCGGGAAAUUACACCACUAAGUGUCGCCUGCGUUAUUUCAACAAUGUGUCGUACCAAUACAAGUAUUGAAGAUGGUUCAGGAUUAGGUCUACAAACUCCGGGUGCUUUUUGGUCAGGUUCAUCAGAUCAAAAAGAUAAACAAAAUCAAAAUGCAGAAUGUCGAUCUAAUAAUUGGAAUGUAGAUAUUUUUGUACAAGCAUUAAAAGAAGUUGCACCAAAUCUAUCUUGGACUGAUGUGGUAAUUGAAUUAGAUCAUCCUGAAUUUAUAAUCAAAGAUCGAGCUGGAUUAAAUCUAUUAUUUACAACAUUACGACUUGGAUUACAAAAUAAUGGUUUUCAUCCAGAAUUAUUUCCUGUUGAUAGUCUAUACAGACAUUGGAAAAAUAUAGAAGGGCAAUUUAGCCUUAUUCAACACAUUUUAAAGAAUCCGGACAUUUUCUGUUUUGUUGAUUACCAUUUCCACUCGGUAUCAGUCGAUGUAUUAAAAGCCCCACCAGAAUCUGAUAACAAAGAAAUUGGAACAUGGCGUUCGUUGAAUUUGGUUGAGCUCUUGCUACAUAUGUCUGAACGGGGGUUGUAUCCUCAAGUACAGGAACUGUUCAAAUUCCCAGUACAAAAUUGUCCUGAUGUGUUGGUUUUGGCUUUAUUACAAAUAAAUCCACCAAUUACUGUGCUACGACAAGAACUACUUACAAAUUUAAUACCAAUUUUCCUUGGAAAUCACCCAAAUUCAGCUAUAAUAUUACACCACACAUGGCAUGCACAAACUAUUAAUAUUAAACCAAUUAUCAUGCAUGCAAUGGCUGAGUGGUAUGUUCGAGGAGAUCAUGAUCAAACCAGAUUAUCAAGAAUUUUAGAUGUUGCUCAAGACUUAAAGGCAUUAUCGAUGUUAUUAAAUGCGCAAUCAUUUGCAUUCGUUAUUGAUUUAGCGUGUUUAGCAUCACGCAGAGAAUAUUUAAAACUUGAAAAAUGGUUAACUGACAAAAUUCGAGAACAUGGUGAAAGUUUUGUAUCAGCUUGCAUUAAAUUUUUGCAAAGACGUUGUCCACAAAUUAUGGGUGGAAAAAGUGAAGAUACACAACCUAAAGCUGCACAAUUACCACAUGAAACUCUAGCGACAAUGCUCAAUUGUCUACAGGUUUGCAUUACCAGUGGUGUAUCAGCUGAAUGUUCAGAUGCAAUUUUAACAAUGGCUGCAAAUUGUUCUUUACUUCUAUCAAAAACACGACAAGCACCACCAGGAGUCAUUCGAACACAUCGUGGUAUUGAAACGCCAUUCAAUCCUUCAAACAUAGGCGGACACUUAUUCAAUACUCAAGCUGUUGAUCCAAUGGCUGGUUUAAGCUCAAAUCUUGCUACCCUAUCUAUUGGUGGGCCUAGUGGAUCUGCAUUUAGUUUACCAGGUGCUCUAGGUCCAUUAGUUUCAACACCAGGAUCACCAUCUCGAAUAAUGGCACCUGGACCUUCGAAUAGCCCAUUCCCAUUAAUGCCUUUACAACAUACUGGACCAGUAGGAAGUGGUGCAUCAUUAGUAUCUGGUGUGGGUGGAUCGCUAGGUCGAAUGGCCCCAACUCCUGGUCUUGACAAACCACAGCGAAUAUCUGAUACAAAUUUAUUCCCGGAAAUGGCCCCCAAUGUGUCAAAAGAAAUUGAAGAUGAAGCAAAUAGCUAUUUUCAAAGGAUAUACAAUCAUCCCCCACAUCCUACAUUAUCAAUUGAUGAAGUUUUAGACAUGCUAAAAAAAUUCCAAGAAUCUCCUUCAAAACGAGAACGUGAAGUAUUUAAUUGUAUGUUAAGAAAUUUAUUCGAGGAAUAUCGGUUUUUCCCACAAUAUCCAGAUAAAGAAUUACAGAUAACUGCUCAACUGUUUGGUGGUAUUAUUGAACGUGGUUUAGUUACUAGUUACAUGGCUUUAGGACUAGCAUUAAGAUUUGUUUUGGAUGCUUUAAGAAAAUCAGAAGGUUCAAAAAUGUAUUACUUUGGUAUUGCUGCAUUAGAUCGCUUUAAGUCUCGAUUGAAAGAUUAUCAUAAGUAUUGUGAGCAUGUUCGUGCUAUUCAACAUUUUAAUGAAUUUCCUCCACAUUUAAUUGAAUAUGUUGAGUAUGGAUUACAAAGUAUGGAGCCGCCAAAUAAACCACAAGGUCCAGUUUUACCAACCAGUUUAGCUAACAUUUUAGCACCAACUACAACACAAACACCACCUGUAUACAAAAGUAGUUUGUCUACCAGCACAAAUGUAACAACAACUACCAAUAAUCCAGUGAAAUCCGUUGCACCAGGAGCCAAUCUUAGUAGUCGACCUUCAAUUGCAAAUGCUACAAAUAUUGAUACAUUAUUAGUAGCAACCGAAAAGGAAGAGAAAGUAACUGUACCACCCGAAUCAUUGCAAGAUAAAACUGCUUUUAUAUUCAACAAUCUAAGUCAAUUAAAUCUUCAAAGUAAAUGUGAUGAAUUGCGAGAAUUAGUAACUGAAGAAUUUUGGCCAUGGAUAUCGCAGUACCUAGUAAUGAAACGAGCUUCAAUUGAAUUAAAUUUCCAUGCGUUAUAUUCAAAUUUCCUCGACGUUCUUAAAAUGCCCGAAGUUAAUAAAAUGGUUACAAAAGAAACAUUUAGAAAUAUCAAAGUACUUUUACGGUCAGAUAAAGGAAUAGCCAAUUUUUCGGAUAGAUCAUUGUUAAAAAAUUUGGGACAUUGGUUAGGAAUGCUAACUUUAGGAAGAAACAAGCCAAUAUUACAAAUUGAUAUUGAUUUGAAAUCAUUACUAGUUGAAGCGUACCAUAAAGGUCAACAAGAAUUGUUGUAUGUUGUACCAUUUGUUGCGAAAGUUUUAGAAUCAUGUGCAAAAAGUAAAGUUUUUAAACCACCAAAUCCAUGGACUAUGGCCAUAAUGAAUGUUCUAGCUGAACUUCAUCAAGAACCCGAUUUAAAAUUAAAUCUUAAAUUUGAAAUCGAAGUUUUAUGUAAAAAUUUGAACAUUGAUGUGACCGACUUGAAACCAGCUAUUUACUUAAAGGAUACUAAUCGCUUAAGAAUGCUAGAAUAUCAACUAUCACAGCCUCUGAAGAAAGUCGAAAAUCAAAUAAUGGCUACUACCAUGGCAACGACAGUUGCGGAAGAAUUACCCACAGUUGCAAGUAGUCCAUCUAGUUCAACUUCAGGUCCGCCAGCGCCUACAAAUUCCCAGCAGCAAGGCCCUCCUGAACCAAGGUUUAGUUACAUGGAUAUUCAUUUACCAGCUGCAACUGCAGUAUUAACUCAUCUAUCAAUAAACAGUUCAUUAGCUUUGUUCCAAACACAUCCACAAUUGAAACAAUUAGUUCGUCCAGCUAUCGAACGAGCAAUUCAAGAAUGGUUAGGUCUUGUGGUUGAUCGUAGUAUUAAAAUUGCAUUAACAACUUGUGAACAAAUUGUUCGGAAAGAUUUUGCUCUUGAUUCAGAUGAAAGUCGCAUGCGAAUCGCUGCUCAUCAUAUGGUACGCAAUUUAACUGCUGGCAUGGCAAUGAUAACAUGUCGUGAUCAGUUAGUCACGUCAAUUAGUACAAAUUUAAAAUCAGCUUUAAUGAGUACGCUAAUGGGUGCUGCUGGUCCACAAAAAGAGCUUGUGGAACAAGUAGCAGCAGUUGUGGCUCAAGAAAAUAUGGAAUUAGCCUGUGCAAUCAUACAGAAGACUGCUAUUGAAAAGGCAAUACCAGAAAUUGAGAAACGAUUAAUGAAUGAUUUCGAAAUUCGACAACGCUCUCGAGCCGAAGGACGACGUUAUUGUGAUCCAAUAGCGUUAGCAUAUCAAGCCGAAAGAAUGCCUGAACCUAUACGAUUAAAAGUAGGAGGUAUUUCUCCACAACAAAUGACAGUUUAUGAAGAAUUUGCUAGAAAUAUUCCUGGAUUUCUUCCAAUAAGUGAAAGAGAUACAUCACUAUUUACACCAAAAGUGACAUCUUCGGUGGCAGCUAUUUCUCAAGACCAAGUUGCUAUUUUACCACCAACUCCGGCACCAGCAACUGCUCCUCAAACAUUAGCACCAUUCCAAACUGCAGCUACUGAUGAGCUUGGAGUAGUUUACGAUAAACUAGCAGAAGAAGUACAACAAUUUUUGCAAGCUUGCGUAGGUCAAGCUGGAUUACAUGGAAUGGCACAAAAUAUGCAUUCACUUUUAGAAUGCAUUAUUUGUGCGAGAAGAGUACGAGAUGUUGUUUCAGCAAUGACAUUAGUGCAAAAAGCUGUAGAAGGGCUACAAGAUGGUCUUCCACAAAUGAAUGGUGAACAACCUGAUCCAAUUGUUGUACGAUAUCGUGAUAUUCAUGUUAAAGUUUUGAGAUCUAUGCAAGAUCCACGUGCAUAUGGAAUACAAUGGACAAAUAAACAUGUUACUAGAUGCUUAACUGAAUGUAGAGAAGAAUUACGUUUUAAUAUUGAAGCUGUAGAUACAUUAAUUAGAGCUCAUCUUGUAAAUAUGCCACAGUUAGAUUUAAUGUUAGCAUCAAGUAUGGAUAAUGGAAACAAUUAUAUGGCUGUAGCAUUCUGUAUGCAAUUAAUUCAAAUGUAUUUGGUUGAAGAAAGAGGAAAUUCUGUAAAUACCGUCACCGAAGCAGAUUUCUUUAAUGUUAUUGAACAAUUAGCUAGAAUAGCUGCACAUUCAAGACAGCCACCAGAGGGACUUACCACUUUGAUCGAAUUUAUUCGACAAAAUCAUGAACAAUCUGGUUUUAUGGGUGAUCGAGCUCACGGGCCAACUGUUCAUAUUCAUUCUGGAAUUCUUCAAGUACGAGCUCGUGAUUAUGAUGAUCCACCUGGUCUUAUGGAAAAAACCGACUUCCUUUUAAAGGAAUGGGUUAACAGCUAUCAUCUACCAACAACCGGACGUGAUCCAACGAAAGCAUUCAGCAUGUUCGUCCAUCAAAUGAACGUUCAUGGAAUAUUAAAAACUGACGAUUUAAUUACCCGAUUUUUCCGAUUAUCAACUCAAAUCUGUGUUGAGAUAGUUUAUAGAUGCAUGGCUGAUCAGUCAAUUGCAACGGGUGUUGUUCGAACUAGAUGUUUCCAUUGGCUUGAUGCCUUUGUACGUUUAAUCGCUCUUUUAGUAAAACAUUCUGGUGAUUCGAAUAACACAAACACAAAGAUUAACUUACUAAAUAAAGUAUUAGGUAUUGUUGCCGGAUGUUUGUUAACUGAUCAUGAAACACACGGUACAGAUUUUCAACAAUUACCAUAUCAUCGAAUUUUCAUAAUGUUAUUUUUGGAAUUAAAUGCACCAGAACCUGUCUUAGAAGCGAUCAAUUUCCAAGUUUUAACAGCUUUCUGUCAUACAUUACAUAUUUUACGUCCAGAAAAAGCCAGUGGUUUUUGCUACGCAUGGCUAGAAUUAGUUUCUCAUCGCGUUUUCAUUGGCCGAAUGUUAGCCAUAACACCUCAACAAAAAGGGUGGGGAAUAUAUUCUCAACUGUUAAUUGACUUAUUCAAAUUUUUAGCACCAUAUUUACGAAAUGCUGAAUUAGCUAAACCCGUAACUUUACUGUAUAAAGGUACAUUACGUGUGCUUCUGGUAUUACUUCAUGAUUUCCCAGAAUUCUUAUGCGAUUAUCACUAUGGAUUCUGUGAUGUAAUUCCACCAAAUUGCAUUCAAAUGAGAAAUUUAAUAUUAUCUGCAUUUCCGCGUAACAUGAGAUUACCUGAUCCAUUUACACCGAAUUUAAAAGUGGAUAUGUUACCAGAAAUAAGUUUAGCACCGAGAGUACUUACAAAUUUUGCAACUCUAAUUCAACCAGUAACUUUUAAAAAGGAUUUAGAUUCAUACUUAAAAGCGCGUGCACCGGUUACAUUUUUAUCAGAAUUACGAGGAAAUUUACAAGUAUCAAAUGAACCUGGAAUGAGAUACAAUAUUCCAUUGAUGAACGCACUUGUAUUAUAUGUUGGAACACAAGCUAUUUCUUACAUACGUGGAAAGAGUUUAACUCCCAGUAUGUCAACAAUAGCACAUAGCGCUCAUAUGGACAUAUUCCAAAAUUUGGCUGUUGAUUUGGAUACGGAAGGCAGAUAUUUAUUCUUAAAUGCAAUCGCAAAUCAGUUGAGAUAUCCAAACAGUCAUACUCAUUAUUUUUCUUGUACACUAUUGUAUUUAUUUGCUGAAGCAAACACAGAAUGUAUUCAAGAACAAAUUACAAGAGUAUUACUUGAACGUCUUAUUGUAAACCGACCACAUCCAUGGGGACUGCUUAUUACAUUCAUUGAACUAAUUAAAAAUCCAACAUACAAAUUUUGGAACCACGAAUUCGUGCAUUGUGCUCAAGAAAUUGAAAAAUUAUUUGAGUCAGUAGCACGUUCAUGUAUGGUACAAAAAGCAGGUGUACCACCUCAAGAAGGUGAAUUGCCCGAGUGAUAGUAAGCAAAACUACACGUAAAAAGUGUUUAUAAAAAUAUGUGCAUAUAAUUUAUUUAAAAAAAUCAAGAACAUAUUCAAACGAAUAAAAGAGAAUAUUUUACAGAAAUAAAAAUUAUAAAUUAAAAAAAAUACAGUGAUUUUGCAACUAUUUUAUGAUUGAACAAACAAGGUGUUUGAUCGAACGAGAAUAUUUUAAUGUAAAUAAUUUGUAAGCG